UUGUUUAAAUCAUGGCGGACGCCAAUCGAACACUCGCCUGAUAUUUAUUUAUUUUUUGCAUUUAUUUCACCAUGAAGAAAUUUCUUAAAUUUGGUAAGAGCAAGAAAUCAGAUAAUGCUCAGGAUGCAUCGGAUGCAGCCCAGACUCAAGUGAAUAUUGGCUAUACGUCGCUGAAAGAGAAGGAUUUAGGGAAACUUCAUAAAGCGGCUUGGCAAGGCGACUUGGCGAAAGUCAAACAACUAGCCAAGAAAGAGGCUAGCCCACUCGAUAAAGAAAAUAGGACUCCUCUCCACCUUGCCUGUGCCAAGGGCCACACAGAGAUAGUAGAGGAGCUGAUAGCCUGGAAAGCCAAACUCAACAUAGGAGACAGUGACCAGUGCACUCCACUGGCUAGGGCUGUCCAGUGUCACAAGGACCAAUGUGCAAGUUUACUCCUAGAUGCCAAAGCUGAUCCCAAUGUUCAAGACAGGCUUGGGGACUCCUGUCUACACUACUGUGCAAAUGAAGGACUGUAUGACAUGGCAAGUCUGCUACUACAGACAGGGGCAAAGCCAGAUAUACAGAACAAGGAGGGUCGUUGCCCCCUGCAUGUGGCUGUGCUAGCAGGGCAGGAGAAUUUGUGCCAGAUAUUGCUGGAAGAGGGUGCCAACAUCAAUGCCAUGGACAGCCAGCAGAGGACUGCCCUGAUGUAUGCCUGUCAGGAGGGCAAUGUAACUCUGGUCAAGUUAUUCUUGCAGCAAGAAGCAGAUACAACAUGCAAAGAUGCCAAAGGUUGGACAGCUGAUGACUGUGCUGUUAUAGCUGGCCAGCAUGCCUGUUCCCAGUUGAUAGCAGAUUACACCAUGAAGCACAGGACCCCCAGGUCAGCGGGGAGCAGUGCCAGGGACCUGGGGGCUGCCGUGGGAAGCAAGAAGGGCACCCCAGUACACAAGGGACAGUCCAAGAACAAGGGAGAAAGCAUGGGGUUUGGAGCCCCUGCUCUUGAUGCAGGAGAGAAAAAGAGAAGAGGUGACUUCUCAGAGGACUCUGUGAGCAGGGCAUCAGAUGUGGAUGGGAAUGGAGCUGAUGAUUCCUGGGGUGACUCAGACGACCAGCUCCCACUGGACACCCCCAAGGCUAAGAAGCAAACCAAUGGAAAUUGGGAUGAGGAUGAGGAUGAUGAUGAUGGAGGUGAUGGGAAAAAGAGCAAUAAGAAAGAGAAGCCUGCAGUCCCUGGUAUAAAUCUUGCCAAACUGUUGAGGUCAUCUUCUAAUGAAUCCUUACAUAGCACUGAUCAAGAAUCUGCCAAGAGCACUUCUGGUAGAUCUUCCUCCAAGAUUCCCAAGAUGGUGGAUGCCAAGAAAGCCUCCAAGAGCCCUCCAAUAGCUUCCUCCAAGAAAUCUCAACAGGGUAACAGCAAGUCCAAGCUACCUCAACCUGUCUCCCAGAGGCCAGACUCCGGGAGGUCCAUUCAGUCCCAGGAUUCCUGGAAGUCAUCCAAUGCCGAGAAUUCCUGGAAUUCAGAUCCCCCAUCUCCGGUGCCUAUCAAAAAAAACAAUGCUCUGACUCCGAUGAAAAAAUCGGCUUCUUCAGGAGAGAGUGAUGAUGAUGAUGAUGGCAAUGCACGGAAUACAGGUACCAUUAAAAAAGGAACUGCACCUAAAAGUAAAACAGAGGAAGAUGAGGAAGAAAGUGACACCUCUGAAAGGAAUCAAGUAAAGAAGAAAACUGCUGCAAAGUCAGGAGAGAAGACAGAUGCAAACAAGUCAAAGCAGAAAGACAUCAUGGCUGAGCUAGGCAUGAGUGAUCUAAGUGAGGUCAGUGACCCCAGUGGCCUGGAUACUGGACGUACACCCAGGAAUGCUGACCAGCACAGUGACUGGGUCUCCACAGCUGCCUCUCAGUCCAACAGCCCAGUGCCGCCACCUGGCAAACUCAACAAUACUCAGAAGAAGCCACAGAAAGACGAGGAAGAGGAAAGUGAAUGGGACUCUGAGGAAGAAGAAGAGCCCAAGCCCCCUGUGAAGACAACUCAAAAUGAUGAGGAAGAGGAGGAGGAAGAGGAGAAAUCAAUCCAAGAAUCCGAGGGUGAAGAUGAGGAAGAAGAAGAAGAAAUGGGGGAGUUAAAACAGGAGAAUAGUCCUAGCUCCCCCCAUCACGCUACUUUCCUAAUAGGGACUGAUGAAGACGAGGAACAAAGUGAAGCGGAUUUGCAACAGAAAGGGUCCGAGUCUCCAAAAAGUAAAGAUUCGAGGUCCAUAACUGCCAGUUUCACUGGACCACCACCUAGCACCACAGGUUCAGCAGAGGCAGAGGCCAGCAAUGUCCCAGGGGGGGACCAAGCCACUCAGGAUACACAGGACCCAUCGGAGCAGGAGGAGGAUAGCAAUGGUGAUGAGGAGGAAAGCAAGUCAAGUGAGUGGGACAGUGAUGUGGAGGAUGCAGUUUUGCCAAAAGAUCCGGGUCAAAGGUCAUCACAGGGUACACCUGCCAUAAGUAACUCACCUCAGUCACCAUCACAACAGUCACCAUCACAACGGUCGCCAUCACAACAGGAAGAGAACAGUGAGUGGGAUAGUGAAGCCAGCAGCAUGGAGAGGCGCAAUGUCACCCCUCUACAGGCAGAAAUGUUAGAGGCAGAGAGAUCCUCGCCACAGACCAAGUCACAACAGCAACAGGAAGAGUCUGAAGAAUCUGGAUGGGACUCAGAUGAGAAUGCUCUCCCAUCAGACAGAGAUGCCAAACCUGAUUCAAGGCCCCAGAAACAGCAGCCCCCUGUCUCCUCCCCUACUGGCAUGUAUGGUACAGAGGAGGAGGAGGAAGAAGAGGAGGAGGAAGAAGAAGAGAGUGAGUGGGAGAGAGACCGACAGCCAGAUGAUGAGGAGGAGAAGAGACAGAAGGCAGAGGCUGACCGGGUGCUGAAAUGGGAACAAGAAGAAAGGGAAAGAGAAGAGAAGCAGAGGAGACUAGCAGAGGAAGAACUUAGGAAAGAGAAGGAGCAGCAGGAACAAAGGAAGAGAGAAGAGGAAGAAAGGAGAAAGAAGGAAGAAUUGGUGGGUGUUGUUUGUAAUUUUUCAUAG